UAGCCACAAACACAGUAGCUGCCUUCGCCGCACUGACCUCCGCCACAUUCAGUGUCAACAUGCGGUCUACGGCAGUAGCAGUCUGGACCACACUUUGGGCGGUUUGCUACACGUACGCCUGGAUCUUUCCCACCGAUGACUACCUUGACGAGAACGAUAUGUGCCGGUAUGACAUAGACCAAGUGUGGCGCUGUCGCAAAGCACACGAGUGUGACGCCCUUUCGGAGCUCAUCAUGAGUGGAGAGCUGACUACGUGCUCGCUGGCCAACCACCGCAACCCACUAGUCUGUUGCCCUCCUGCCUCCAACCGUAUCGCCCAGAGCAUCAGUCAACAGAAGUGCCAAGAGUACGAGGAGCGUCUGUGUUACAAGACCUUAAACAGCAUCAAGCCCAAUCAGCGACUCUUCGGCCGUCCUCCUUAUAAGCUGCUAAAAAGUAUGACGCCUGUCACUACCAACACAGAGGAGGAAGCGGAUUGGUUGUCGGAAGCGGGUGAGGCUCGGGACCAGGAUACCACAGUGACACCACCCACAGUGUCGGUGUACGGCGGUGAAGCGGCCUGGGCAGGAGAACAUCCACACAUGGCAUUGGUUGGGUUUGGUCCGGAAAUCAGAAUAUCAUGGCUGUGUGGUGGCUCUCUUAUCAGCGAGAGAUUCGUGCUCAGUGCAGCUCACUGUUCUAAACCGAAAGGGCUAGGGAAGGCUCGGUGGGUAUUGCUGGGAGCUAUAGACAUCAGAGACAAGGACGGCCCAGACUCUGCUAUGCGCCAGCAGUUCCAGAUAGUAGAACAUUACGUGCACAAAGAUUACCACAGUCCUCUAGUCUACAACGACAUCGUACUGUUCCGACUGGACAGGGACGUUCAGUUCACGUGGUUCGUGGCGCCUGCGUGUCUCUAUCAGGAACUAACUGAGCCCGAAGGAAAGGCAAUUGUCACCGGGUGGGGUCGCAACGAGUCGACUGGCCCUACGAUGCCAGUUCUACAAAAGGCAACUCUAUCCUUCCUACCACCAGAAACUUGCAAGGAAAAGAUCGGAGUGGACAAGAGGAUGUUUCCGGACGGUAUUCAUCUACCUUCACAGUUCUGCGCCUGGGAAUAUCAAAAGGAUACCUGCAAGGCGGACUCAGGUGGUCCGUUGGUGAAAGCUGAGAAGGACAGCUGCCUCGCCCAGCAAGUCGGCAUUACGUCAUUUGGACCCUAUAGAUGUGGAGAAACUGAUACUCCCGGAACUUACGUCAGAGUGGCGUACUUCUUGCCUUGGAUAGAGUCCAUCGUCUGGCCUUCGACUAGAUAGAGACUAUAGUCAUGAUUUAUUAGUUUUACGACUUUUAUGUGUUUACUUAAAAUUUUUAAUUAAUUAUAAAUUUUUUUUAAGAUUGCACUAAUAAGUUUGGUUUCCUAAAUUACAUUAAUAAUUACAAGGAAACCAUCAAGAUAAAUUUGAUGUAUUUUUAUGUCAAACACGUGAGCACACUAACAGAAAUAAUUCCGUUAACUAACCGAUACGUUUAUUUUCAACAAUAUUGAAGGAUAUGGUGAGUGCCUGAUUAGGGAAAUAACUGUAAAUAUAGUUUUUAUAUACAUCAUAUAAUACAGUUUCGUUCUUUGUUAUCUUUGACCUCUCUCUCAAUCAGCUAUAUAUAGUUUUCAUAAAGAAAGCUAUUGGAUGAUGCGGUGUCAGACCAUUAAUGAAAGGCACAAAAAACCUACAAAUUACAAGAACAAAAGAGACAAAUUAUUACAAAUUUCGUUUAUCUUAAAUUAUUUUUAGAAUCCCAUUCUCUUCAAACAUAUUAUGUUUUUUACUACAACUCAAAAUUAUAUAUCCGUGAGAUUUGCAAUAACUUUUUAUUUAUGAUUAUGUACAAGGGAGAUUUAAUUACAAAAUACAGAAAGAAAUAUUAUCCCUUAUGGUAUAUUUUGUAACAGAGUUUAGUAUAAAAGUAAACAUUCUCAGUCACAUAUUUUUCAAAUCAAUAUACAAUAUAUUGCAAAAUAAGCAAUAACAAAAUAGCAUUUAAAUACUUUAAAAUAAGGAUCAAAAGUAAGUAAGUGUCUGUUAUCUGUAAUUAUUCGAUUGGAAGUCAUAAACAGUGUUAAAUAUAAGUUUUACAUAAUAAAUGUUGCUAAGAACAGCUCUUAAUGUAAAUGCCUCAACAUUUUAAAAUAUGUAUAGAAAUAGUUCAAUGUAAAUAAGAUUAUAGUUAUACAAAACAUUGUUUUCCACCACUUAAAAAAAUACACUUUUCAAUUCGAAGUGCAUAUUUGUAUGUUUCAUCGUCUAUUCUAAGUACAUUUCAUGGCGAUCUGUCUGUUUAAAUAACAUUUAAGACAGAAUAUGCUGGAAAUUAUGUUUAUUUUAUACAAUAACGAUUAAAAAUAAAAUAAUUCAAAUAAGUACUUAUUUAUUUAAAAAUAAAUAUUUAAGCAUAGAUUGGCUAGUCCAAUAUAACGAGGUGUUGUAAACGCGUCAACUGCCAUAAUUCGCUAUAGAUGCAUAUAAAAUUGGUACAGACAGUAGUAGAAAAUCACUUUUACGGGUUUGUUAUCUAGUCUUAACCAUUUGUUAUUAAUUAAUAAAAAAAUACGUAUU